AUGCUCAAAGAAAGAAAAUAUUUGGGCGACAAGCCAGAGUACUGCCAUGUUUUGGCAGCUUGGGACUUGGCUGGUGAGGCUUGGCUCCCAGUGCGCGAGUGGCUGCAUACAUCCCGUUGGGGAGCCAUCGUCAUCGAUCGCCUGGACGAGCCAACAGCUCCAUGUCUCAUGUACUCCGUACAAUAUGCAGAUUCCCAACCCAUGGUUGUUUUCGACGGCCACGAGUACCUCACCGAAGAAGAGCGCCGCCUCAAGGAAGACCGCGAGCGCAAGCGUUACUGGAAGAAAUGGGGUCCCUACGUCGCCGAACGACAGUGGGCUACUGUACGAGAGGAUUACAGUCACGAUGGUGAUGCUUGGGGCCACUUUCCCCACGAACAUGCCCGGUCACGAGCCUUUCGCUGGGGUGAGGAUGGCAUCGCCGGUGUCUCCGAUACACAUGGCUGGCAGAAUAUUGGAUUUAGCUUUUGGAACGAAAAGGAUGACUUUCUGAAAGAACGUCUUUUCGGCCUCUCCAAUCCUCAGGGUAAUCACGGCGAGAGCGUCAAGGAAGCUCAUUUCCAUGUCGACAAUACACCUCAUUCCUACAUGAAGUUUCUAUAUAAAUAUCCUCAAAAAGCCUUCCCCUACGAAGAACUUAUUAAAGAAAACGCGAAGAGAUCGAAAGAAGACAAGGAAUACCAAAUCAUUGACACGGACGCAUUUGAUGAAGACCGCUACUGGGAUAUUUUUAUUGAAACGGCAAAGGAGGAAAACGACCCCGAUGAGCUCCUCUUCCGAAUCACAGCAUGGAACCGGGGUCCUGACCCUGCGCCGCUUCACAUUAUUCCCCAAGUCUGGUUUCGCAACACGUGGAGCUGGGGUAUCGAGCCCCCGGAGAAAAAGCCCACCAUGACAGCCAAUUCCGAGCUUUCUGCCACUUCUAAUCACUGGAGCCUCGGUCAAAGACAUCUGACACUCUCGCCCUCUCCUGGUGUUGGAUCGACUGGCGAAGAUGUUCUGCCAGAAAUGCUAUUCACUGAAAACGAAACAAACGUCAAGGUUUUGUACGAUCAGAAGAACACACAGCCUUUUGUCAAAGACGGAUUCCACCGCUAUAUCGUGAACGGCGAGAAGGACGCUGUCAACCCUGCGCGAACUGGUACGAAGUGUGCCGCUUGGUUCAGCUUCAACGAGGACGGGGUCGUUCGCUUCCGAUUUUCCAAAAAAGAUCAGAGCUAUCUCGAUGAAGAGGAAUUCGACAAUGUGAUUGAAAAGCGUAAAGAGGAGGCUGACGAGUUCUACUACCGCCUGAGCCCGCUGCCCAUGACUGAUGACUUGCGAAGUGUCCAGCGACAGGCCUUCUCGGGUAUGAUGUGGACUAAACAACAUUAUCUCUUCAUCUGGGAUCAAUGGGCCAAUGGUGAUCCCGCCUCGCCCCCACCACCGCCAGAGAGACAGUCAAUCCGCAACACCCAAUGGCGUCACAUGUACUGCGACGACAUUUUGUCCAUGCCUGACUCGUGGGAAUAUCCGUUCUUCGCUGCAUGGGACAGCGCCUUCCACUGUAUUCCUUUGGCCAUGAUAGAUCCCGAAUUCGCCAAGAAGCAGCUCGAUCUUUUUACCAGAGAAUGGUACUGCCACCCCAACGGCCAGUUGCCGGCCUACGAAUGGAACUUCAGCGAUGUAAACCCGCCUGUACAUGCCUGGGCUACGUUCCGCACGUUCAAGAUUGAGCGCAAACUCUAUGGUCGCCAGGACUUGGACUUCUUGGAGCGUGUAUUUCAAAAGCUGCUCAUUAACUUUACUUGGUGGGUAAACCGGAAAGACACGGACGGCAAAAACGUCUUCGAGGGUGGCUUUCUCGGCCUCGACAAUAUUGGUCUGUUCAACCGCUCAGAGCCCUUACCUACGGGCGGUGUGCUAGAGCAAGCUGACAGCACGGGCUGGAUGGCGUUCUACUGUCUGUCCAUGCUCAACAUUGCGCUUGAGCUGGCCAAGCAUCGGCGAAUCUACGAGGAUAUUGCAUCCAAAUUCUUUGAGCAUUUCAUUCUUAUCAGUGAUGCCAUGACGUUCAAAGGAGGCAACAAGGGUGAGCAGUCUUUGUGGAAUGAUGAAGACGGCUUCUACUACGAUGCCAUCUCCUGGGGCGGUCCGCACAUUCAACAGUUGCCCGUACGUUCGCUCGUCGGACUCAUCCCCCUAUAUGCCACAACGACGUUGGAGCCGGAACUCAUGAAUCAACUGCCGUCGUUCCGUAAGCGUGUCGAAUGGUUCAUCCACAACCGAUUGGAUGUCGCUGAGCGAAACAUGGCCAGUAUCAGAAAGAGAGGAAAGGGCAACAGAAUCCUUCUCUCAAUUGUCAGUAAGGAUCGCCUGGAAAAGAUUCUGAAGCGCAUGCUGGACGAGGAUGAGUUCUUCAGCGACCACGGCAUUCGGUCUCUGUCCAAAUUCCACAAAGACCACCCCUUCUCCAUGGACGUCAACGGGCAAGUCUUCAAGGUCGGCUACGUCCCCGGCGACUCGGACAGCGGCCUCUUUGGCGGCAACAGCAACUGGAGAGGGCCAAUCUGGCUGUGCGUUAACUUUCUCCUGGUCGAGUCUCUGCAGAGAUUCUAUCUCUUCUACGGACCCGAAUUCCAAGUCGAAUGCCCGACUGGCAGUGGUGACUACAUGCACCUGGGCAAGGUAUCAGAAGAGAUUCAACACCGUCUGCAGCAUUUGUUUGCACGCACAGAUGACGGCAGAAGAAGCGUCAAUGCUGGAAACGACAUGCUCGACUUUGACGAGAAUUGGAAAGACUAUCUCUGGUUCCACGAGUUCUUUGACGGUGACACUGGACGCGGUCUCGGCGCCAGUCACCAGACGGGCUGGACCGGACUGAUUGCCAGAAUGAUCCACGAUACUGGUGUCAGCUGUCGUCUCCCGCAGACGCCGCGCACGCCGUCCGUCGGCAUGGCACACUACUUUGACGACGUGUUCCACCGCACCGUCGAGGUCGGCGUGCCGCAGUCCCCGCGCAUGCACCGCAUCCGCCGCUCCUCGACGGCGCGCUCCAUUGGCGCCCGCAGCGACUUUGUCAUCGACGACCACGACGACGGCCGCUCCGACGGCACCGCGUCCGUCGGGGAAGGUAUCAUCCUGACCCACGGCGCCGGCUUGACCCGCGAAAAGACCGAGGCCGACUCCCACAUGCACGCCUACAUCUCGGACCAGCUGAGCCGCUACACCGACGAGAUGCGCUCAGACCGCUUCUCACACGCCGACGAGUUUGAGCCGUCGGCAAAUGGAAACGGACAGGGCAGCAGCAGUGGUCAGUAG